GAAGGUGAGGCGUUUGUCCGCUAGAGGGUGCUAUACGUCACUUAAUUCUGAGUCUGCGCAGUCCGCAUGUUGUCGUCGCCAUAUUGGACUGGCUGUUAGAAGAAACAUGUCUUUAAUCGGAGACGUGUUUAAACUUUGAUAUAAAUACAUAUUUACUUGAUUAACAUUUAUUUUAAUUCAAGUCUGAUUUGUAGUAUUUUCUGCAUCGACAACAAUGGGAAAGAGGUAUUACUGCGACUACUGUGACCGCAGCUUUCAGGACAACCUACACAACAGAAAGAAGCACCUGAACGGCGUCCAGCACCACCGGGCGAAGAAAGCCUGGUUUGACAACUUCAGAGACGCUGCCGCAGUUUUAAAUGAAGAGCGGACAAAGGAGCCAUGCAGAAAGUUUCUUCAGACAGGACAGUGUGUAUUUGGUACAAACUGUCGUUUUUCGCACAUGUCUGAGAGGUACAUAAAGAUGCUGGAGCAAAAGAUUGAUGAUGAAAAGCGACGGAAGGAAGACCCUGACCAAGACAGAUCGUCUACUAAGUGCAGCAUUGAUGAAUGGCUCUCCAGAAGAGAGAAGAAACGGGCUGCUUUGUCAUCAGGAAGAGUUUUAAAGGUAGAAGAGGAAGAAUGCACUGAAAACAUUGAGAUACCUCCGUAUCUGCUGUCUAUUCCAGAUCUUCCUCCAUCUCUCCAUCCCCCACCAACUGGUGGUUGGAGAGUGACACUGCAAAAUGAAUGGGGUUGAAAUGGAGUUUGUAAAAAUCUUCUUUUUUUUUUUUUCCAAGACCAUACUUCUAACUGAUACUUUUACAAGGCCUUUUUAUAAUUUAUUUUAAAUGAAAACAAUGUACAUAUUUGUAUGAAAUUGUAUAGCAAUUGAAGUUGAGGUGCAUGCUGAAAGAAAAUUUCCUUUUUUUUAUAUAUAUAUUCUGAAUAAAAUCCAGUGCAAUGAAUUCCA